AUGCCUACCAAUUAUCAUGUAGGUCAACGUGUUUCGUUCUUGAAUGCUUCUGGUACGGUUAGAUAUAUUGGACCGAUUGAUGGUCUUGGAAAAGACAACGUGAGACUCGGGAUCGAAUGGGAUAAUCCUGCACGUGGGAAGCAUGAUGGGCAGUACAAAGGGAAGAGAUACUUUGAGUGCUUGAGUGGCUCUGCUACAGGCGCUUCUUUCAUGCGAACGACAGCCAUUGCCGAUGUCCCCCAGAGCUUUCUAGAGGCUGUUCGGGAAAAAUAUGCUCCACCAGACCCAGAUGUGCCAACCACUGAGCAUGUCAUUUCUGGUAAAGUUGCUGAAGAAAUCGGAUUUGACAAGAUCAGGAGACAACAGGCUCAGUUGCAUAGAUUGACUGUGGUUCUUGUCGAUGGCCUUCGAAUCAACACUGCCGAAAAGACUGACUCUUUCAUAAAAAAAACCUGUCCAAGAGUCAGUGAACUUGACCUCAGCAGAAAUCUCUUCGAAGAUUUCGAGACUGUUUUGCGCAUUUGUGGUGAAUUGGACAGUCUGACGACCCUCAGGAUCAAUAACAAUAAAUUCCCUCAUGUCCAGAGCAAAGCCCGGGGCGAGUUUCGGGGAGUUCGUUACUUGGAAAUGAAGGAAAUGUUCAUGCCACUUGCGGAGAUGACCAGUUUGGCAAAGCAAUUUCCUUCCUUAGAAGAACUAGAUCUGUCCCUAAACGCGUUGAAUCAAAUUGAUUUCGGACUUCGACUGGACAGUCUCAAAUCGCUUGCGUUGGAGUUCAACCGGUUUACCAACCUGUCACAACUAUCCUGGCUGGCCGAGUUACAAUCGCUGGAGUCGUUGAAGCUCAAGGGAAAUCGAAUAUCCACAGUUAUGGAGCUCCCAGAUCAUGAUAGAGGACAAGAUUUGAGUGCCUCUCGUCCAGUUUUGACUUUCGGUACAAAACUACGUUUUGUGGAUCUUUCAUACAAUCUGGUGGAUAGCUGGGACUUCGUUGACAAUCUCCCUGUCACGUUUCCUGGUCUGAAGGCCUUGCGGCUUUCUCAAAAUCCUGUUCAUUUAAAGACCGCCGAACACGGCCUCCCCUAUACACCGGAUGACCCUUCUAUGAUCACAGUAGCUCGAAUAAAAGCACUGGAGGUUCUGGAUUACCGGGAGAUCCUCCCCGAGUACCGAGCUAAUGCGGAAGGAUUUUACCUUUCGCUCAUCGCAAAAGAAAUAGCGACUGCCAAUGAAGACGACGUUUCGCUCGUGAUAUCAAGACAUAAAAGGUACCAGGAGCUUUGCGAAAUCCACGGUCCUCCAACUAUCGACCGCAAAUCUGCGGACGAUAUAAAUUUGAAAUUCUUGGAGGCUCGAACGAUAAAAUUCGAAUUCUACUUGCAUCCGCCUGUGAGUAACGAACGAGAGAUGAGUCGGAAGACCGCGACUGUGCUGCGAGAGAUCCCCAAAUCAUUCAAUAUCUAUCGCGUCAAAGGCAUAGUAGGUCGAAUUUUCAACCAUCCACCUCUUCGCCUUAAGCUUACUUGGGAGACCGGUAUAUGGGAUCCGAUUGCUAGCUACCAAGAGGAAACUCGCAGCUCGGAAACGCAGUAUGAAGCUUCAGAGAUUGUUCAUGACCCCGAAAGCAAACAGGGUAAAUGGAUGAAGAGAGAGGUAGAGAUCAAGGAUUCUACUCGCGCAAUUGGCGUUUGCGUGGAUGGAAAUAGAGCAAAAAUCCGAGUAGAGCCUAUGUCGCUAUCCAACUCGGCGAGAAUUGUUUAA